UUAUUUGUGCUAUAAAAGCAAAUGUUCUGACGAAAUCGCUGCUCAGUAUUAGUUCGCCCCCGAAAUAACCACAGCUAGGCAGCAAGAUGGACAUCAUAGUGCAGGAAUCGGACUUCUGUGAGGAGAUUAAUUUUGAGUCUCCUUGCCCAAGCCCAGAAGAAAAGGAUACCUUGAACAUGAAUUUCUUAACUAUCAAUGGUCGCUUCACGCCAAACUCCGGCCGUUCAUCCGCCUGUUCGACGCGUAGUGUCAGCUUGGCCACGACACCUGUUCCGCCGGAUGAUGACGACGAGGAAGAGGACGAAAUUACCAUCAAUAUCCAUCACCGUGUGCCCUCUAACAAAAACAUUUUUCAAACAACGGGUAGAGCAACUCCAGUUUUUACCUGGAAUCCACUACCCACGCCGAAUAGUAUCGUGUAUACCAAAGAUAGUGAUAACCAAGUGAAAUUUUCAAGGUUUGAAGAUGAUUCGUCGGAUACGGCAAGUUCCAAUGUCAGCGAUGCCGACGAAGAAAAUGGGGGAAAGAAGAAUCCUGCUGACUGUUACCCGAAUUGCGAUGUCAACGUUUGGCUACGAUCCUGCGAGGAAGAAAUCGUUAAUCCUAUCGAGGGUGAAGUGAGAGGAACAGUCCCAGAGUGGCUGAAUGGAAGCCUUUUGCGGAACGGACCGGGAAGCCUGAAGGUCGGAGAGAUGAGAUUUAAUCAUCUGUUCGACAGUUCGGCCCUGCUGCAUCGGUUCAACAUCGAAGACGGGAAGGUUACGUACCAGUGUCGAUUUUUGAAAUCUGAUGCCUACAAAAAGAACAAAGCCGCCCAACGGAUUGUAGUGACUGAGUUUGGAACUAGCGCGGUUGCAGAUCCAUGUCAUACCAUUUUCCACAAGAUCGCUGCCAUUUUUCAAAAACCAGGAGAGAACAAUUCGGACAACGCACUGAUAUCCAUCUAUCCUUUCGGGGACGAAUACUUCGCUUUUACUGAGAGUCCAAUCAUCCACAGGAUAGACCCGGAAACUUUGGGUACCGAAGCAAAGAUUAACGUUUCCGAUUACGUGGGAAUCGUCAAUCACACUUCUCAUCCACACGUCAUGUCCGACGGAACCGUGUUCAAUCUGGGCUGUUCGGUAACCAAGACGGGUCCUGCGUAUACAAUCAUCUGCUUCCCACAUGGUGAACAGAUGUUUGAAAACGCCCGAAUCGUUGCUUCAGUCCCAGCCCGCUGGAAAUUCCACCCAGGAUAUAUGCACACAUUCGGAAUUACGGAGAAUUUCUUCAUCGUGGUGGAGCAGCCUUUGAGUGUAUCCGUUCCGUCGAUGCUAAUAAGCCAGAUCAAGAACGAACCAAUGGCUUCUUCCCUAAAGUGGUUCAAAAAUCAACAGACCUAUAUCUACUUAUUGGAUCGUGAUUCCGGAGAGCUCAGACACACGUAUCACGCUGAAUCGUUCUUCUACCUUCACAUCAUCAAUCAGUACGAAAAGGACGGUCAUGUAGUGUUGGACAUCUGCUGCUACAAAGAUCCAGCUAUGCUCAACUGCAUGUACAUUGACACAAUGAAGAACAUGCAGCAGAAUCCAGACUACGCAAAGAUGUUCCGUGGACGACCGCUACGAUUCGUGCUUCCACUGAACUACAAAGAUGACAUGAAGCGAUCAUCGUCCAGUGUUUUUUCAAUGGCACGUUCCUGGACUUGUUUGAUGAAUAAGUUGAGUGUAACGGAUGAUGACGAUGAAAAAAUUGAUAACAAUGAAGAUCGUGACGAUUUGACGUUGAGAAAUCUUGUCACGUUGGAAAAUACCAAAGCAACUGCAUACUUCAUGCCAGAUGCGUCUGUGUUCUGCAAGCCGGAGUUGCUCUGUGACUUGGGAUGUGAAACACCACGGAUCCACUACGAGGAAAAUCUGGGCCGAGAUUAUCAAUACUUCUAUGCCAUCAGUUCGGAUGUGGAUGCAAACAAUCCGGGAACGUUGAUCAAGGUGGACGUCGUGAACAAAACCAAACUGACGUGGUGUGAAGAGAACCUUUAUCCAAGCGAACCGAUCUUCGUGCCCAGUCCAGAUCCACAGUCGGAGGACGACGGGUUAGUACUAGCGGCAAUGGUAUGGGGUCGCGAAGAGGAGAAUCGCGUUGGAUUGCUAGUGCUGGAUGCAAAGACAUUUACCGAGAUUGCCAGAAGUGAGUUCACUACUCCCGGACCUGUGCCCAAGUGUCUACACGGAUGGUUUCAAUCGUCGAUGAAAAAGGCAAACUAAUGACCCAAGGUGUGAGCAAAUAACCAAAUCAAUCAAUCGAUUUCACCUCCCUCCCUCCUCUCCCUGUGUAUGGUGAUUUACUGACAAAUGUAAUCAAUUAUGCAUACAUGCAGAGUAAAGCACAUUACCACCUAGCAUGAUGGGUGUAUUUGGAAUGUUGUAUUGAAUGUUAGCGCUGGUCACAAAUAUAGUUGAUGUUUUACAA